CUUAAUUUCUCCCCUCAUCAUCGCCGUAUAUAUUACCCCGCACACCGUGUGCUGUGCUUGAUCGCGCAGCAUACGUCCUGCCCCCUUGUUCUGGUUAUAAUUAACUAGAUCCCUGGGAUCCGUACCCCCGACUCUCCGAGUCUGCCCCUCUCGUCAUGUCCACCAGUGACGCCGUGUUUCAUCGGCGGAACAAGCAGGUUCAAGAUGCCAUUGAUGGGCAGAACCUUAAGCAGGCUCUUCAACUGAUUGAUAAGCGCAUCAAGAAGGGCGAAGACACUAGGUUCCUCAAAGCGUGGAAGGCAAACAUCCUGUACCGUCACGCCGACGAUGCAAACCGUAAUCGCGGUAUCUCGGAGACCCUCGAAUUAUGCAAAGCUGAACCGCCCACAACGGACCUCGACACCCUCGAUAUCCUCCACGAGACGCUGGAGCGCAUGCCUAACCAUGCGGACACCCUGAGAAGUAUCUGGGAGAAGGCCUCGAAGGCCAAUUCGAAAGAUUUGGAUAUUCAAAUGAGAUGGUUCGAAUAUGCGUUCGAAGGUGACGAUUGGAAGUCCGCACAGAAGGCUGCUAUGGCUCUUCAGAGUAACUUCCCCAAGACAAGGAAGUACCACCUGUGGGCCAUCUUCCUUAGCUACCUCGUCUCCAUCGACCAAGCUAGCUCCGAGGCUGAUCGCAAACUCUUUGGAAUGCUGGCCUACCGUAUGAUAUCCAAGGCUGCCGAAAGUGUUCCUUCCGAUUCGAAAGAAUUGCUGAGCCCUCCCAGAGCUAUCCAAUCGGCCGAGGAGUUGCUGUUGCUCAUUAAAAUAUUCGAAUCCCAAGAACGUCAUGCCGAGAUUGUGAAGAUCCUUGAUAGCGAGAAUCUUGGUAUUAGCUCGCGCGUGAUCCAGAACGAUUGGUCAUUCAUCGGAGAGAAGCUUUCGAGCCUGGAAAAGGCUCAGAUGUGGACAGAUGGCCUGGCCUACACAAAGGCGCUGCUUGCGAUCCCGACGAACGAAGCUGAACAAAAAGCUCUCCAGGAGCGUGACGACUGGGCUGUAUGGCACCUUCUUAUUGCUGCAACCAAAAACAUCAACACUUCAGAGACCACGGACGCGACACAGAAGUUCGUUGACGAGUUUGUUGCGGCUGUACCGAAGUCCCGCAAUGCGCAAUUGGCUCGACUUGACCUGAUGCACUGGACCUUCCAGGCGGGUAACCUGAAGGCCGAUGACCUAGUAACUGCUUGUCAGGAGUACUUCGAUCGCAACAAGCACAAGCUUUAUUGCUUUGGUGAUUUGCGAAGCUACGUGCCAGCACUGGACAAGACCUCCGUGUUAAAAUUCGUAGAAUACAUAUCUGCAAGCGCAGCCGGACAAACUGACGAGAAGAACCCGUCCAAGGAGGUUGCGAAGAUCAAUGCGCUCAAGUGCGAAUACUGCUUUCUACUGUCGGCAAACGAAAGUAAUGCAUCUAAGACGAAGGUCGAGGAGUUCGUUUCUCGUUGCCUGCAGGUCUAUCGCGAAGUCGAGCGCCCUGAAAAGAGCUCAGCACCAUCUACGAUUGAGAGUCAGCCCAGUGAUGACUUGUGUCUGCUUGCGGCCAUGAGCUUGAUUCGCUUUAGUGGCGCAUGGAUUUCCGACAGCAGCGAACAAGUCCCGGAUACUGUUCUGAUUCGCGCAGCAGCAAUCUUGGAACGUCUUUUGGUUGACUCGCCUCAUAAUUACCAAGCAUUGUUGCUUCUCGUGAGGAUCUAUCUCCGUCUCGGCGCAGGAUCUCUUGCCCUUAAAACGUUCAGUAAACUCUCGGUCAAGCAAAUACAAUUCGAGACGGUGGCUCAUAAUCUUUUCACCCGUCUCGCGACCAUUCACCCACACUCUGCACCACCAAUCGAGGGAGCAGAGUACAAAGACUUCAACCCCCAGUCUGCUUUUGUCCAAGCACUCAACUUCUACAAAUCAGCCGAUGUCACGACUGUUAGGAACCGCUCCAAGGGACUGGAUUAUGGAAGCUACUUCAACGUACAGGGCACCAUUGAUCUGCAGAAACGCCUCAAGCAGAGUAUCUGCCGCAGGAUGUGGGCUCUGGAUGUGAGACGCAUACAGCGACUGGCUGGCGGAGACCCUAUGGGUCGUUACCAAGACAUGGCAAGAGAUACAUCACCUCUGAUCGACCAGCGUAUUUUUGAUGCAUUCAUGAAUUGUGAAGCACCUGGCCAACCCACAUUUGAGGAGCGAAUGCGCCUGGGACCCCUGCCUCGUGAUCAAUGGAUCAAAUCUUCAAGGAUGACUGACCAUCUCUUUGACCUUCUCAAAUCCAUGACGGCUCAGAAACCCGUCUCUGUGGAACCUGAGUUGCCUAGGGUUGAGGAUGUUGUGGGACCCGAAGCGGAAUCUGAAAUGACCCCGUCAGAGAUCGAAAGUGCCAGGGUGAACCUAAACAUUCUAACCCUGGCUUUGUUCCUGAACGGGUCGAAGUCAGUCACCUCGGAACAGGUGGAUAACUGUCUCACCCAGGUCGAGGAGUGGCUGGAGUCCAAGCUCAACGACGUCACUGUGAACGACGCCAAUGUCUCGCCAGUAAUAUCCAAUACGGCAAUCUACGUGAAAUCAGAGGCCCCAACUGCUCCAUCCUGGAGGUACUUCCAUAGCCUUUUCACCGUACUCGACUCGCUUAAGGCCCUGUCCCUUCUCUACACUGUUGGGUUGAGAAAGGGGACCAAGGGCAAGCUACCGAAAGAACGUGUCGAAAAGUUGGCUGACAGGACACGCCAAGUCCAUCAGGGUGUGCGAGCCAAUGUUCGAGCCCUCAAAUCUUUCAUCUCGGCUCCCGGUGUUCUCGGCUCGCUUACUGAUUUGGUUGUGGCCGGUUCUGGAAGCGAAGAUGGCUCCCAGCUUCGUACCGAGUUGGACAAGACUCUGGAUACGGCUGCUUUGGAGGUGUUCUGUGGUGAGCUGAUGGAGAGCUGGGAAGAAGGUCUUGGUGGGGUGUUCGCCGUGUCUAUGUAGAACUCAGCGAAGGCAGCAUGCAUUGAAGCAAUCAUGUGAAUUAGACAAUCCAUCCUUAGCCAAGUUUGCUCAUAACAAUACAAUCUAUCC